GCCGGUGCUCUCCUCAUCUUCUCUGCGUUCACCACUAUGCGAGGACUGUAGCGCGGACUUCAGUCGACAUGGACAAGCAACUGGAGCACAUCCAGUUUUUGUGUUUACUGGGACUUUUGCAAUUCGCACCGUUGACAGUGGGGUUCAGCUUCGACAUUCGCUAUCCCAGAACAUUAAGUGUCUCGGACUCGGAGGCAGCAGGGUCCCAUUUCGGUUAUCGUGUCUGUCAAUUUGGACCGGCGCAAGGAGGCAGCAGUGUGUUGGUCACCGCUCCUUUUCAAGACAAUGGGACAGGAGUGGUUUACAGAUGUUCUUACGACAGUGGCACUUGUAAAGCUCUACCUGUACAAGUGGAGCCAGGAGUUUCAGUAGGAUUGUCACUAGCUUGUAAUGCUGACAGAGCUAUGGUGUGUGGACCACGUCAGAUCCAUAGCUGUGAUACUCUAAACUACCUCCAAGGACUUUGUGUUGAGCUGGGGCCACAGCUUACGGUCUCGCAAACACUGAAGCCUGCCUUUCAAGAGUGCCGUGAGUUUGGCUUGGAUGCAGUGAUUCUGUUUGACGGAUCUCAGAGUAUCAUAACCAGAGACUUUGUCACCAUGAUCGACUUCAUCAAGAACAUUAUUCGGAUGUUCACUGCCCCCCGUGCACAGGUGGCAGUUGCUCAGUAUUCGACAGACACCAAUGCUGUCUUCCACUUUGAGGACUUUGUGUCUGACCCUAACCCUGACAACCUGAUGCGAUCCGUGGACCAUUUCCAGGAGGCGACAUACACCCCAUCAGCCAUCCGCUAUGUUCUAGAAGAGAUGAUGACAGAAGAACGGGGGAUGAGGAAACAUUCCAGGAAGCUGUUGGUUGUGAUAACAGACGGCAAAUCUAACGACCCUAAAGAGACCUUUAACUCUGUCAUACCAUUGGCCGAGAUGAAGCACGUCAUCAGAUUUGCCAUUGGGGUUGGGAAGCAAUUCUCUAGACAAGAGCUUGAGCAGAUUGCGUCUUUCCCAAACUUUGUAUUUGAGACCAACAGUUUUGAUGCUCUGAAAUCCAUUCAGAAUGAGCUUAGGGAGAAGAUCUUUGCAAUUGAAGGAACUAACUCCACCAACUCCAGUUCAUUUGAACAGGAACUGUCCCAGGGAGGCUUUAGUACCACUCUCUCUGGGGGUGUGUCUCUGUUUGGGGCAGUAGGGUCAUACUCAUGGUCUGGGGGCAUUGUGGAGGCAGCCAGAGGGGUGAAUGCCACGUUCAUCAAUGCCUCUGCACUGGAGACUGACAUGCAGAACUCCUAUCUGGGCUAUUCAGUGGCAGUGGCAGAGACAGUGAAUGGCAGUAUAUAUUUUGCUGGAGCUCCCAGGUUCAACCACACUGGGCUGGUCCUGGUCUUCCAGAGGGAUCCUCUCCAACAGGAGUGGACUGUCACCCACAGGAUACUUGGGUCUCAGCUUGGUUCCUACUUCGGGGCAGAACUGUGUGUGUUAGAGAGCCAUGCUGGGCCAGGGGAGGGCCGUGCUGAGCUGCUGGUUGUUGGGGCUCCUUGGUAUCACGCCCAGGGUGUUGGGGGAGAGGUCCACGUCUGUACCCUGGAGACUGGAGCACCCAACUGCUCCCUUACCCUGCGUGGAGUCCAGGGGAACGUCCAUGGUCAGUUUGGGACAUCUCUGUCCCCCUGUCCAGACCUGAAUGGGGACGGGUUUCCGGAGCUGGCUGUAGGAGCCCCACUGGAGGACAGAGGACAUGGGAGUGUUUACAUCUUCCUGGGAUGCCCUUGGGGCGUCCAGGCCAAAUACAGUCAGAGGAUCCAGGGAGUGAGCGGGAGAGUGGGUAGAGGGCUGCAGUUCUUUGGGGUUUCGGUGCACUCUGCUGGGGAUCUGAACUCAGACGGACUGGCUGAUAUGGUGGUGGGAGCUAAAGGAGCCGCUUUCAUACUGAGGUCCCAGCCAGUAAUGCGUGUGUUGGUGUCUGUCACCAUGGACCCUCCCAUGAUCUCCCAGAACUACUUCCACUGUGCUGUCCCCAUGGCCCUGAACACUCCCGUAACCACAGCCAUUCUGUGUGUCACUGUCACUGAGGCCCACGUGGGAAACAUACAGGCUUCUCUCCAGGCAUCAGUGUCUGUGACAGUGGAUCUACUGGAGGAUCAGACCAGGACCAGGCCAGCCCGUCUGCUCUUCUACCCCAGAUCAACAUCCUCCAGCUGGGUUGAAACAGUUACAGGCACUGCCUGCCACAACUUCUCCCUCAGUAUCCCGGAGUGUAUAUCAGACUACCGUGAGGUGCCUCUGUCUGUUCAAAUGGCUGUGGAGGGCCUGGAGGUACCAGGGACAGGAGGACUGAAGUCAGUCCUGAGCCCAGACAACCCAACCUCUUUUGCACACAUGAUCUUGCUGGAGAAGGUUUGUGGCGAGGACCAUGUGUGUGUCUCUGACUUAUCAGUCAACGUCACCAGUCCAGAGGUGGUGUGUAGCGAAGGUUUCCCAGUAGAAGUAGAGGUAGAGGUGGCUAACAGUGGAGAGGAUUCCUCUGAGGCUGAGCUGACACUGGUCCACCCCUCCUCCAUACCCUUCGUUCCUACCAAACGGCCAUCAGGACCAGGCCAGGUGGCUGUUUGGUGUGUGUCCAACACCACAGGACUAGAAAACAUCACACACACAGUGUGUCCUCUCAGCUCUUCCGUCCUGAGACAGGGGGCACGGGUGACCGUGUUGAUGUCAUUCACAGUGUUUGAGCCAACCUGUUUGAGAGAAAGACUGGCUUUAAAUGUGUUUGUUACUAGUGAUAAUGAAGGACAGGGCACCCUUCAGGAUAACUAUGCAAGUGCCUCUGUUGAUGUCAAACUUCCUAUCAAUAUUGUUGUGAAAGGGGGAGACUCCUCCCAAUACAUAACUUUCCCAGACAACAAGCUUCUGGAGCACAUAUACAUGGUGGAGAAUUUUGGAGAUGUGGCAGCACCGGUCAAUGUAACAUUUGUGAUUCCAGUGGAGUUGGACUCUGGUUACCUGUGGAAUGUGUCUCUUCCUCAAACAGAUAACAGCAGAGGAAAGUGUGAGAGGAAGGAGGUAUUCUCUAAACAGGAAAAAAACACUCUGUUUUAUCAGCACUGUAGUGGGGUCGUCUGUCAUCUGGUUGGCUGCACCAUAGGACUGUCAUCCAACAAUCAGCCAACCAUCUUCAAGUUUGUUGGGAAUAUCAGUAGAAACUCAGAGGGUUCAGCGGUGCAGGUGGAGGUGGUCAGUUGGGGGUCGCUGUCCUUCGACCAGAGUGUCUACUCCCAGUACCCUGCCGUUGGUUCUCAGAGUGUGAAGAUUCUGUCCAUUCUGGAGACAACUCCUGAAUCCCACACUGCUCUCAUUGCUUCUAUCAGUGUUGUGUUUUCACUGUUGCUACUGAUGAUAAUCUCUGGGUUUCUCUACAAGAAGGGUUUUUUCAAGAGCAGAAGAAUUGCCUCUGGUGUUGAUUAUAGUCCAUCUGUUCCUGGUCGGACUGCAGCCCCUGAUGAUGACCAUGGUCUGACCGCUGAUAUUACCUCACUGGGGGAGAACACCCUGUAGCCCAGUGGCGGUCAGUGCCGUUUAAGUUGAGGGAGGAAGAUUUUCUUCAUGCGCAUGGCCUUAUUUCUAUUACAGCAUAUUGGAUGACAGUAAUUCAUAUUCCAUUCACCCAGUCCAAUGUAACAUUAGAUAGGUUUAGUCUACCACAUGAUACUAGAAUUUCCCUGUACACAUCAUGAGGGUUCUACAACCUAGCCUAUGAAUGAAAGUUUACAACGUAGGUGCACACAGCUCAAGAGACACAUUUGAAGUGACAGACUGACAUGUGGACAGACAGUGACACCUUACACACUCUUGCUUUCAUCUAGCUGAUACAAGGUGUAGUCAUUAGUCCAACAUUUGCAAACAAAAGUUUCUAAUGGACAAAUUCAAGUAUUUUUAUCCCCGUUUUGUUCCGUUUAUGAAACGUGUUUCAACAGAAUCGACGGAAUGAAUACACCCCUGAUCACGCGUAAACACAGUUCACUUUCAUAGCAGCCACGUUGUAUUCCUUCUCGCAUCCAUGUACUCUCCUCCUCUCACCUCUUCCCUUCACUUGUGGGCUCCAAUGCACAUCAACUGUAUGUGACCAGAUGAAAAUAGCUUUCCAAGCCAAACCGCUACACACAGCCUAUAGCUAAUAGAACUAACGUGUUAGUAAACCCGCUACAAUCAUGCAGUAACGUUAGUGUACAGUCAGUCAUUUUUUUAAAUUGAACCUUUUAUUUAACUAGGCAAGUCACUAAAGAACAAAUUCUUAUUUACAAUGACAGCCUACUUGUAAAGCCCCCCCGGCCAACUCCUCCCCUAACCCAAUCGCGACCAAUACUCCCGAUACAGCCCGGGAUUGAACCUGGGUCUGUAGUGAUGCCUCUAGCACUGUAAUGCAGUGCCUUAGACCACUGCGCCGCUCAGGAGGCCAUAAGCCAUUACACCGGUGGGCCUUGGUGGCAAUAAAUUAGUAAUACCAUAAGCUUACCUUGACUUGGAAGAGUUCAGGUGUUGUGUUGGAAAGUCAUAGCCAGCUAAUUAGCCUCUUAAGGCUCAGACCCUUUUUUCCCAAUUUUCGCCUAAAAUGACAUACCCAAAUCUAACGGCCUGUAGCUCAGAACCUGAAGCAAGGAUAUGCAUAUUUUUAAUACCAUUUGAAAGGAAACACUUUGAAAUUUGUGGAAAUGUGAAAUUAAUGUAGGAGAAUAUAACACAUCUGCUAAAGAAUAAUACAAAGAAAGAAAAUGUGUUUAAAAAUAUAUAUAUAAAACAAUAUUUUUAAUCAGUUUUACACUGAUCCAAUGCAUUACUGUUCAAAAUGUUGUAUCAAGUCUGCCCAAAUGUGCCUAAUUGGUUUAUUGAUACAUUUUCAAAUUCAUAACUGUGCUCUCUCCUCAAACAAUAGCAUGGUAUUAUUUCACUGUAACAGCUAUUGUAAAUUAACAAGAAUUUAAGCUUUCUACCCAUAUAAAACAUGUCUAUGUCCUGGGAAAGGUUCUUGUUACUUACAAUGUCAUGCUAAUCACAUUAGCUCAUGUUAGCUCAACUGGCACGGGGGGCGAUCCUGUAGAGGCUCUAGCUAACAUAGCAUCCCUCUGAGCAGGAUGUUUCAGUAGGCUAAACUAGCUAGCUGCAUUUGCUAGCUAAGUAAGUGAAACUGAAAGUGAAUUUUAUUUAUUUAUUUUUUAGCCCUUUGUCGUGG